AUGCUUAAUUUCACAUGCAGACCAAGAGGAGACAAGAGGAAGGGGCAGACCAAUAUGGGCAACGCCGGGAGCACAGCUCCUGCAAGCUUAGGAGAGACCCAUGUUCCACACUUAAAAUGGAAGGUUCAUGACUUCUCAGCGCUACUUGAGACGAACGCUGCAUCGGCGGUCUCUUCUGCUUUUGAAUGCUCUGGGUACAGGUGGUUCCUGCGAGUGACUCCAAAGCACAAACAAGGUGUUAUGGGAAAUCCAUAUGUGGCUCUUUCUCUCGAGAUAUACCACACAUGGUUGGAGCAAGUUCACACAGUGCAUGCAGUAUUCGAGCUGUCAAUAUUCAACCAUUCAAAAGGAGUUUAUUGUGGAUGCAAAGCUAGCUACAACUUUGAUGUCAAGAAUACCUACUCGAAGCCGCAUUGCUUGAUUCCUCUUCAGGAGCUACUGAAAUCAUCUGCUUUUCUAGUUGAUGAUAGCUGUGUCUUUGGUGUGGAGAUAUUAAAAAUCGAUGUCUCUUCUCCUGAAAAGAAGGAUGUUGUGGUUCAGAAGAAGGCUACUACAGUUCAGAAUCUCUUUAUCCAGAAGAAAGGGUUCAUUAAAGGGACAUACACUUGGACCAUGGAUAAUUUCCUUGAAUUGGACUUGAAGCACUUCGUCCGUUCUCCUACAUUUGAAGUUGGCGGACUUAAAUGGUACAUCCGUAUGUAUCCACGUGGUGACAAGUACAGCAAUGAUUGCCUCAGCUUGUACUUAUCCCUGGAUGACUCGGUUGAGCUCCCUUUGGAGUAUGGGAAGGUGGUUGAAUUGACACUAUCCAUCGUGGACCAAAAGAAUGUGAAACACCGGACUGCAACUUCAGGUCUCUGGGUAUGUGGACAGGGACAUAAAUUGGUAUGUGUACAGGGAAUGGGAUCGUCUAACUUCUUUGGACUGAAGGAACUCAAGGACCCGUUGGGAGGCUAUGUUGUGGGAUCGAGCUGCAUUGUGAAGGCAGAUCUCACCAUCGUCGGUUUUGUUGUGCAAAUUACUCAGAUGGAGGUAUGGGUGCAGUCUUGA